CCUGCCAGCGGGCCGGGGCGUAGGAGCCGUCGUUGUUGAGGACGAUGAGGGCCUGGGCCUGGAGGCCGGCGGCGAAGGCGGCGGAGGAGGUCAGGACGACCUGGCCGCCGACGGAGACCCAGCCGGUGGUGAAGGCGGCGGCGGACCGGGUCGACGGCGGGGAGAGGGCUGCGACCCAGUGGUAUUGGCCUGUGGUUUGGUUGUCAGUCUUGAAUGUGUCUGUGUUUGUUGCCCACUCCUCUCUCUUUCUCUCUCUUUCACUCUUUUACUCUUUCACUCUCUCUGUCUUUCCACUUCUCUCUUUCUCUCUCUCUCUCUCUCUCUCUCUGAGACCGGAAGUUUCACGGUCUGUUGAAUCAAAGUCUGCGAGUUGUCUCACCUCCGGCAGUCGGGUAUAUCGAAGCAAUCUCCCCGAGCGAGGAAGCGAUGCAGACGGUGCAUAUGGUGGAGGCUAUGCUGGAAACACAGAAAAAAUUGAAAAAAAAAAGUCAGAAUCCAUCUAGACCAGCAGAGAGUUUUCGAGGGGGAAAAAAAACAGGGGAAACGCAUGUCCGACGUCUUACAGAUUAUAAAACAGGCAAGGCGCGCCGCCGCUCAGCAGGGCCGGCGCGAUGACGGUCGACAGAGCCUCCCAGGUUGCCAUGAGGCAGAGACAGAGCGCCCCGAGGGCCGGCAGGGAGAACUGUCUCUUCAACUCCUGCGCGUGCCCGAGCUGGGCCAGCCGGUAGUCGUCGUCGCCAUUCCCGUUGCCGUUGCCGUUGCCGUUGCCGUUGAGGGCCCCCGUCUGGGAGCCGGUCCUUUCGAGUGCCGCGGCGUCUUUCUUCAUGUCGUUGUCCAUUGUCAACUGAAGCUCCGAGAGUCUAGACUUUGCUGCUGUCUCUCGUACAAUGUUCCCGAGUUGAUCCCUGUGUAUUGGGCGAAUUCUCGCGUUAUGUACGCCAUAACUUUUUUUACGUUACAACAUCGAGAAACAACCAACUGCUCUUAUCACCCGUUAGACGGUAUAAGUCCGCAGCCCCGGCUGCCCCGAAAUGGAGACGACAUCCCGUCACGGACGCAGCUGCCGGCAUCUUAUCUUCACGGGCAGAUCCAAUCACCAGAGUUGUUAUAAUCAGUGGCCAAUCACGAGAGUCUUUAGCAGGCUUUCCAGGGCUGACUUUCUCAAGUUAAAAACAAGAACCCCCCCGGAACCUCUUAUCUAGGCCAGGGUAAAGAGAUAACGAAACGAUAGGGGUUUGGUGGUUGUGUAGUGUAGUUCUUGACUCGGGGGCAGUUCCGGGCGUUCCGAGGCUUGUUCCGCGAUCGUCGUUCGGAAUCCCUUCCGGCAGCACAACCAAAACCACGCGGCCCUGAGACUCCAUUUAACAGGACAAUUGCUCGCGGAACAUCCAUCUGUCUUACUAUUAUUGUCUCGGACACCAGCCAGCCAGCCAAACCGGAUUGAUCGUCUCAGAGCAGUUGUCAGUCGAUCCUCCGUCUUUCCGAACCUUCAUAAACGACGCGAUUGUGCUCAGUCUCCAGGAACUCACCCUCCUAUCAACCAGGUUACCAUUGUCUGGUACACACACACACACACACACACACAACUCAUCGGAUCCCCACCACCCAACCCAACCCCCCCCUGCUCGUUGACCUCUCACAAUGGCUUCGAUCCCACAUCCCUUGUCGGCUCUGUCCAUGGCAGAGACCAACCGGGCCCGUGACAUCGUCCUUGCCGCCCAUCCCGGAUCCGUCCUCGACUUCAGACAGCUCUACGUGCUGGAACCGCCAAAGGCCGAGGUCAUCAAGUUCCUCGACCUCGAGCACUCGGGCAAACUCACAGCUUCGUCGCCGAGACCGGCGAGGUGCGCCCAGGUCUUUUACGAUGUCAUUGGCGGCGCCAGCAAAGUACAGUACACCGAGUCCGUCGUGGACCUCGACCUCGGCAAGGUCGUCGACCAGAAGGUCAUUGAUCCCGAGCACCAGGCGAGCUUAACGAUAUAUGAUUUCGAGACCCUCGCCCAGGCCGUCGAGCGCUCGGCACUCUUCAAGGAGAAGAUCGCCGAGCUCCAGCUGCCCGAGGGCUUCGAGGUGGUCGUCGAGCCGUGGCCGUACGGCGCCCCGGACCCGGCGGACGGGGACACGCGGUUCUUCCAGGCGCUCAUCUUCGCCCGGGACACGCGGAGCGGCAACCCGGACUCCAACUUCUACGCCUACCCCCUGCCGCUGAUCCCCGUCAUGGACGCCGGCACCAAGGAGAUUGUGCGCAUCGACGAGCUCGCCACCGGCGGCAAGGGGGACGCCCUCAGCGGCAAGACGCACAAGCCCACCGUCGUCGACCACUGCCGGGACAGCGAGUACGUGCCGGAGCUGCUGCCCAACGGCACGCGCGCGGACCUGAAGCCCCUGACCGUCGUCCAGCCCGAGGGGCCCAGCUUCUCGGUGACGGACGGCAACCUCGUCGAGUGGCAGAAGUGGCGCAUGCGCGUCACCUUCAACCCGCGCGAGGGCGCCGUUAUUCACGAUGUCCGGUACGACGGCCGUCCGGUGAUGUACCGUCUCAGCAUGAGCGACAUGACCGUACCAUAUGCCGACCCUCGGCCGCCCUUUCAUCGCAAGCAGGCGUUCGACUUUGGUGAUGGUGGCCUCGGUAAUGCCGUCAACAACUUGACUCUGGGCUGCGACUGUCUCGGUGUCAUCAAGUACUUCGACGGUGUCCUCACCGACGCCAAGGGCAACGCGGUCGAGACCAAAAACGUCAUCUGCCUCCACGAGCAGGACAACGGCAUCAACUGGAAGCACACCAACUGGCGAACCGGCCGCGCCGUCGUCACGCGGCGCCGCGAGCUCGUCGUGCAGUUCAUCAUCACCCUCGCCAACUACGAGUACAUUUUCAACUUCAAGUUCGACCAGGCGGCCGGCAUCGUCGUGGAGGCGCGCGCCACGGGCAUCGUCUCCGUCGUCAAUAUCGACGAGGGCAAGACGGCGCCCUGGGGCAACGUCGUCAGCCCCGGCGCGCUGGCGCAGAACCACCAGCACGUCUUCUGCGUGCGCAUCGACCCGUCCGUCGACGGCCACGAGAACACGGUCGUGCAGGAGGAGUCGCUGCCGCUGCGGGCCGACCCGCGGACGAACCCGAACGGCAACAUGUACGAGGUGCGCCGGACGCCCAUUGCGACCUCGGGCGGCUUCGACGCGGCGCCGAUGAGCAACCGCGUCUUCAAGGUGCAGAACGCGGCCAAGACGAACCCGGUCAGCGGCAAGCCCGUCGCAUACAAGAUCACGCCGCCCCCGACGCAGCUGCUGCUGGCGGACCCAGACAGCGUGCAAUCGCGGCGGGCGCUGUUCGCGCGGCACCACCUCUGGGUGACGCGGUACCGGGACCACGAGCUCUACGCCGGCGGGCGGUACACGCUGCAGAGCAAGGCCGAGGUCGGCGGCGUCAAGGACGCGGCCGACCGGAACGAGGACGUCCUGGACAAGGACGUCGUGGUAUGGAGCGUCUUCGGGCUGACCCACAACCCGCGCGUCGAGGACUGGCCGGUGAUGCCCGUCGAGAUGUUGCAGCUGCACAUCACGCCCUCGGACUUCUUCACGGGUAACCCGGCGCUCGACGUGCCCUCGAACAAGGACAUCGGCUCUCAGCUCACGACAGGCAACCAGGGCUGCUGUGCCAAGGAGGACGUAGCCAUCCGGAGCAAUUUGUGAGAGACAAAAGGCGAAAGUGAAAGAAAAAGGAAGCAAGAAGAUGGGGGGAGAAAAAGAAAAAAAAAAGGAAGUGGAAAGGGGGGACCAUACGAUAGAAUUUGGUCUGUGUAUUGUACGUAGCAACGAGGAGGGUUUAGAUUUAGAUUUGAUGAGACCAACGACU